UUAUAGAACACAGUUUUGUCACAUUUUAAGCUCAAUCUUUAAGAAUUAUUACCUAUUUAUAGUCUAAAUUUUAAUCAGAGUUCUUAUUAGUUGUAAAAACAUAACAAAUAAUAGGCGGCAACAGGUGGUUUGGUCCCCAGAGGAAUACACGUGCUCGAAAACGUGUUGUUUUGUUUACCUUGAUAGAUUUGAAUUGGCUCCAAUUAAGCCAAGAUGAUUCGGAAGGUGCCGCUAAUUGUAAUCCUGGGCUCCACUGGUACCGGCAAGACAAAACUCUCUUUGGAAUUAGCAGAAAGAUUUGCAGGGGAGAUAAUCAGCGCAGAUUCCAUGCAGGUGUACACCCACCUGGACAUCGCCACCGCCAAGGCAACCAAAGAGGAGCAGUCUCGUGCGCGGCACCACUUACUGGACGUAACCACCCCGGCGGAACCCUUUACUGUAACCCACUUCCGAAACGCUGCUCUGCCGAUCGUGGAACGGCUGCUCUCCAGGGAAACUCCUCCAAUUGUAGUUGGCGGCACAAACUACUACAUAGAAUCCCUGCUUUGGGAUGUGUUGGUGAACUCCGAGGACAAUCUGGGUGAAGGCAAACCUUUGUUGGAACACAUAAAGGAGUCUGACCUAGAUGCCAUGUCCACCGUGGAGUUGCAUCAUCACCUGGCCAAAAUCGAUUCAGCUAGUGCCAACCGUAUACAUCCCAACAACCGGCGAAAGAUUCUUAGGGCCAUUGAAGUCUAUCAAGGCACAGGACACACUUUAACUCAGAAAUUAGAAGAGCAGCGAGCAAAGCCGGGAGGAAAUCGACUUGGUGGACCACUUCGUUAUCCGCACAUCAUCCUCCUGUGGCUGCGUUGUCAUCAAGAUGUCUUAAAUGCCCGCUUGGAUUCUCGUGUAGACGGAAUGCUAGCACAAGGACUUCUACGUGAGCUACGACAGUUCCACAAUACCCACCAGACUACCACUGUAAAGGCCUAUACCUCAGGAGUCCUUCAGACCAUUGGGUACAAGGAGUUUGUACCCUAUCUGCUAAAAUAUGACCAAGAGCAGGAUGGAAAGAUAGAGGAGUACCUCAAGAAUCAUAGCUACAAGUUGCCAAGUCAAGAAGAACUCAAGGAAGAGGGUCUCCCAGACGGUUUGAGUCUUCUCCGCAGCUGUUGCGAAGAGUUAAAGUUAGUCACACGCCGAUACUCUAAAAAGCAAUUAAAGUGGAUCAACAAUCGGUUCUUGGCUAGCAAGGAUCGUCAGGUGCCAGAUUUGUACGAACUGGACACCAGUGAUGUGGCUUCAUGGUCGGAAACAGUUUAUAAGCGAGCAGAGACCAUCAUUGAGAACUAUUGCAACGAGGAGGUUUGCGAGAUAAUGCCAAUGGCCAAGAGAGAGCAUCCUGGAGCAGAUUUGGACGAAGAGACUAGUCAUUUUUGUGGAAUAUGCGAGAGGCACUUCAUAGGGGACUACCAAUGGGGACUGCAUCUCAAGUCAAACAAACACAAAAAAAGAAAGGACAGUCAACGGAAGAGGGAAAGAGAAGAGGAGAUGAAACUAUCGACCGAUCAACUUCAAGCGAAGAAACAUAAGGAGGAGAAUGAGGCUCAGCUGCCACCCAGCCAAGUCAAUAAUACUGAUAAGGCAUUGUAAAACCAGACACGGCUUGGCAAUAAAUGAACCUACGUAAAUUUAAGUCAUUUGUUGUUGUUUUGAAUCCCAAUCCCACCGAUCUGUUGCUGAUGCAAGCGGUUUGAGGAGUAUCUGAUAACCCUACACCUCGCUAAUGGGGACCGUAGACCGCAGGGGAGGUCGUUGCCUAGCCAGAAAAGCGAAAACGCGUAAACAUGUUUGUGCACUAGGCAACCAGCCCA